GUUCUCUCUCAGCGCAAGCUGUAACUUCUUCCGACGGAUUCUGGCUUCACCGCUGUUACCUGGGGAGGCCGGCCAGUCUUGCGGGUCUCGGAUUUGGCCAUCUUUCUGUCGUCGUAUUCCAGACAGUCUGGCCCUAACUCAUGAGGAACAUUAAUGUGUAACAAGGCGAAUUCUACAACCGAGAAACAGACAACUCCAUUGCCAGAGAGACAGCAGCGGGGAGGACGGCAGAGUUCACGGACGCGUGGUGGGAGCAUCUGUAGCGCUGGAGAAGAGGCUUGGUGGGCCUGACACUUAAGAGUUCGUUUGCUUCUUUCCUCGGCCUCCUGCCUUGCUGCUUUGCAGGUGUAUGCCACCUAGGGUACCGUUAGGGACCGUUUCAAUGGGAUACUGAGGGGGAAGCUCAGUAAUUAUCUACCGAAUACUCCCCGUUAUGUUACAAAGACUGUAAUGCACACCUUAAAUUCACACUGAUAAUAUGUCACUUUUAACAAAUUUUCUAAGAAAGCACUCUUAGCUGGGCGCGGUGGCACACGCCUUUAAUCUCAACGCUCAGUAGGCAGGCAGAGCUCUAUGAGUUCGAGGCCAGCCUGGUCUACAAGGCGAGUUCCAUUACAGCCAGGGAAGAUGGAAGAACUGAGCCAAGCCCUAGCUAGUAGCUUUUCUGUGUCUCAAGAACUGAACAGCACAGCUGCCCCACACCCUCGCCUGUCCCAAUACAAGUCCAAGUAUAGCUCCUUGGAGCAGAGUGAGCGGCGGCGCCAGUUGCUAGAGCUGCAGAAAUCCAAGCGGUUGGAUUAUGUGAACCAUGCCAGAAGACUGGCUGAAGAUGACUGGACAGGGAUGGAGAGUGGGGAAGAGGAGAAGAAGAAAGAUGAGGAGGAAAUGGAUUUGGACCCUGUCAAGAAGUUACCAAAACGCUAUGCUAAUCAAUUGAUGCUUUCUGAGUGGUUAAUUGACGUCCCUUCAGAUUUGGGGCAGGAAUGGAUUGUGGUUGUGUGCCCUGUUGGGAAAAGAGCCCUUAUCGUGGCCUCCAGGGGCUCAACCAGUGCCUACACUAAGAGUGGCUACUGCGUCAAUAGGUUUUCUUCCCUUCUUCCAGGAGGCAAUAGGAGAAACUCAACAACAGCCAAAGACUACACCAUUCUGGAUUGCAUUUACAGUGAAGUGAACCAGACAUACUAUGUUUUGGAUGUGAUGUGCUGGCGGGGACAUCCUUUUUAUGACUGUCAGACUGAUUUCCGAUUCUACUGGAUGAAUUCAAAGUUACCAGAAGAAGAAGGACUUGGAGAGAAAACCAAGAUUAAUCCCUUUAAGUUUGUGGGGCUUAAGAAUUUCCCGUGUACCCCUGAGAGCCUGUGCAAGGUGCUGUCUAUGGAUUUUCCUUUUGAGGUAGAUGGACUGCUCUUCUACCACAAACAGACCCACUAUAGCCCGGGGAGUACCCCUUUGGUGGGCUGGCUGCGCCCCUACAUGGUGUCAGAUAUUCUAGGUGUAGCUGUUCCAGCUGGUCCUCUGACCACCAAGCCAGAAUAUGCUGGGCACCAGCUCCAACAGAUUAUUGAGCACAAGAGGAGUCAGGAGGACACAAAGGAGAAACUCACACACAAGGCGUCUGAGAAUGGCCACUAUGAGCUGGAGCACCUGUCUACUCCCAAGCUGAGGAGUCCUCCCCACAGCUCUGAGAGCCUCAUGGACAGCUAAACUGGACAACCCACGAAAGACUGGGGCACAGGGCAGUGAUGAUAGCCAUAGGUGACCUCACUUCAGAGCAGACUUCCCAAACCCAUGCUGCCAAAAACAGGUUGCCCCUUGUCUGGAACGUUGGCUCAGACUGUAGGGGGAGGGUGUCUUUCAGAUGGAGUUGGAAUCCAGAGAGAUAUGAAUAUCUCUUGCUGUGUUAAGUAUAUCCUAGUCCACCUUGUAAAUAUAUGUGAUUCUUAAGAAAAA